GCGCGCGCCGGCAAGAUGUCGUUGACGUGCGCGGCGGACCUCGCGCCGCUGCUGGGGCCGGCGGCGAUGAACGCCACCGAGUACCUCUGCAACCGGUUCGCGGACACCACGUCGGCGGUGGACACCACCUACCUGCUCUUCUCCGCCUACCUGGUCUUCGCCAUGCAGCUCGGCUUCGCCAUGCUCUGCGCGGGCUCCGUCCGGGCCAAGAACACCAUGAACAUCAUGCUCACCAACGUCCUCGACGCCGCCGCCGGCGCGCUCUUCUACUACCUCUUCGGCUUCGCCUUCGCCUUCGGGACGCCCUCCAACGGCUUCAUCGGCAAGCACUUCUUCGGCCUCAAGGACAUACCCGAGACCGGCUUCGACUACAGCUUCUUCCUCUACCAGUGGGCCUUCGCCAUCGCCGCCGCCGGCAUCACGUCCGGCUCCAUCGCCGAGAGGACGCAGUUCGUCGCCUACCUCAUCUACUCGGCCUUCCUCACCGGCUUCGUGUACCCCGUGGUGUCCCACUGGAUCUGGUCCGCUGACGGGUGGGCCUCCGCCAGCCGCACCUCCGGCCCCCUGCUCUUCAAGUCCGGCGUCAUCGACUUCGCCGGCUCCGGCGUCGUGCACAUGGUCGGCGGCAUCGCCGGCUUCUGGGGCGCGUUCGUCGAGGGACCGCGCAUCGGCCGCUUCGACCACGCCGGCCGCUCUGUCGCCCUCAAGGGACACAGCGCGUCGCUCGUCGUUCUCGGCACCUUCCUGCUCUGGUUCGGAUGGUACGGCUUCAACCCGGGCUCCUUCUUCACCAUCCUCAAGUCGUACGGGCCGGCCGGGAGCAUGAACGGGCAGUGGUCGGCCGUGGGCCGCACCGCCGUGACCACGACGCUCGCAGGCAGCGUGGCGGCGCUCACCACUCUGUUCGGGAAACGCGUACAAACAGGGCACUGGAACGUGGUGGACGUCUGCAACGGCCUGCUCGGCGGGUUCGCCGCCAUCACCUCCGGCUGCAGCGUGGUGGACCCGUGGGCGGCGGUCAUCUGCGGCUUCGUGUCGGCGUGGGUGCUCAUGGGCCUCAACGCGCUCGCCGGCCGCCUCAAGUACGACGACCCGCUCGAGGCGGCGCAGCUCCACGGCGGCUGCGGCGCGUGGGGGAUCAUCUUCACGGCGCUCUUCGCCAAGAAGCAGUACGUGGAGCAGAUCUACGCCCCCGGCAGGCCGUACGGGCUCUUCAUGGGCGGCGGCGGCCGGCUCCUCGGCGCGCACAUCGUGCAGAUCCUGGUGAUCGCCGGGUUCGUGUCGUGCACCAUGGGCCCACUCUUCUACGGCCUCAUGAAGCUCGGCCUGCUCCGCAUCUCGGCCGAGGACGAGACGGCCGGCAUGGACAUGACCAGGCACGGCGGCUUCGCCUACGUCUACCACGACGACGACGACCACGACAAGUCGGUUGGUGGCUUCAUGCUCAGGUCGGCGCAGACCCGCGUCGAGCCGGCGGCGGCGGCCAACAGCCAGGUGUAAAACCGAUCAGGACUCUAGCUCUAGAGCGAUACGAUUCUUAAGAAGAAAUUUAGUGCCGGCCUUUAUGUUCUCGCACGCGUCAAAUGUGAUCGAUCAGAUUAUUAUUUUUUGAAGUACUGCUUGGGCCGUAUGCUCUGCUGCUUUCCAGGAUUGUUGUAAAAUCAUCAUAGUAGAACGCGGUUAAAUUACUUCUACUAGUAGUUUUUUCUCUUUCGUUUUAUUUAUUUCUGGGUUUUCUCUCGUGUACAAAUUAUGCGUGUGGAUGGAAUCUGCAGGGUAGGGAUUUUUCUUGGCUA